CUUAUAGAUUUAGAAUAACCACUGAAAAUUUUAUCACUAAACCUUAUUUACUAAUAAACCAAAUUGGCAUACAUAGGAGACACAUCAUUAGCCUUCUCAAAUUGCAAGUAUAAAUUAUUUGCAAUGAUUAGAGGUUGUCUCGUGGUUAGAGCUUCUGCUACUGUGCUAGACUACAUAUAAUAGUUCAAAUUCGAUGAGUUUCUGCUGUCAAAUAUAUACAUAAGAAAUCCAAUGGAUUUACAGGACUUCAAGUCGCUGUUGUCAUCAACUUUAUUUCCAAUCAAGCUCUCUAUGAUCAUUCAAGUGGCACAUUGUUUUCUUCUUCUGGUAAUUCACCCCCAAGUGUUUGAUGAAAUGCCAAAAAGAAUUUGCAAGGCAUAGAGACAAACAAUGGGAAUCCACAUUAUGAAAAUUUUGAUCAAACACAAGCACUCAUUUGGUUUCUCAAUCUCCAUUCGAUCAAAAACUACGUCGGCUCAGUAUGUUGCCUCGAGAGUUCGAGACCCUACAUUUGAGAAGCUCAUGGACAAGUACAAGAGCCUCUUCAAAGUCAUUGCCAUUCAAGAUCUCAUCCUCGCAAACCCCAGGAAUCCGUCCGUGUCCAUUGACUUCCUCUCCAGGCUCUCCCAGAAACUCCAUCUCAACCGCGGUGCCACUUCCUUCCUCCGCAAGUUUCCUCACAUCUUCCAAAUUUAUUAUGACCCCUCCAAGUUGCAGCCUUUUUGCAGGCUCACAGAUGCUGCUCUUGAUGUUUCCAAGCAGGAAGAGAAGGCUAUUAAUGCUUCUUUGCCAAUGGUGGUUGAUCGAUUGGUUCGGAUAUUGUCCAUGUCUGCGUCCAAAACGGUUCCUCUUCGUGCGAUUUUCAAGGUCUGGAGGGAGCUUGGGCUGCCUGAUAAUUUCGAGGACUCAGUUAUAUCUGCAAAUCCUAGUGUUUUCAAGCUGUGUGAUGCUCAUGAACCUAACACUCAUUUGUUGAAGCUGGUUGAAGGUGUUCCUCGAAAUGGUUUUAGAGCAGCCAUUGAGGAUUGGAGGGUUGUUGAGUGCUGCAAGGAGGAUUGCAAUGUAAGGACAGAAUUGCGGUUCAGUUUCAAGCACGGGUAUCCUCCAGGGAUGAAACUAGGCAAGAAUUUCAAGGCCAAGGUGAAAGAAUGGCAGACUUUGCCAUAUGUUGGGCCUUAUGAGGUGGUUGUGGGGGAGAAAAAGAAGUCUAAGGCAGCAUUGAUGGCCAUGGAGAAACGAGCAGUGUCAAUUGUUCACGAGUUCCUAAGUUUAACUGUGGAGAAGAUGGUAGAAGUUGAAAAGAUCAGCCAAUUCAGAAAAUGGUUUGGGAUUGACUUCAACAUAAGGGACCUGUUCUUGGAUCAUCCCGGGAUCUUCUAUCUAUCAACAAAGGGGAAACGGCAUACCGUUUUCUUGAGGGAAGCUUAUGAACGAGGUUGUUUAAUUGAACCAAAUCCUGUAUAUGUUGCAAGGAGAAGGCUUCUUGAUCUUGUUGCUAUGGGACGUCGUGGUCGUUCUUCUAUUAAUUCGAAUUUGCAGGAUGAAAGCAGCAGCAACGACAAUGACGACAUUGGAGAAGAGGAAAAAUAGCAAAGGCAUGGCUCAUUAUCUUCUUGAGCGAUAAAGGAGACACAAAAGGGGCACUGGAUUGGAGACAACACAGGUCAGGUCAUAAUAAGAACAUAAACAAGUCUCAAGUGCACUAUUUUAAUUCUGCAAAAGGGG